AUCAAACAUCAAUGAGACUCCAUCAAUUGGCAGCAUUGUUUGCAGUGUUCAGCGUAGCCUGGGCCAUCUCCUUGAAAGAGGCCACUGUCAAGGUCAACAAGGACUUCUUUCAUUUGGGCGAAAUCUCCACCUUGGAACUCAAGCAACUUCUGCUCGAGUCCACCAAAGACAAACUUGAAUUUGAAAUUCAUUUGAACGACGUGUCAAAACAGCCCCAGCAGGCCCUCAUCACUUUAGGCGAUGGCAAGGGACUCGAUGUGACCCUUUUCCCCAAAUUCAUCGUGGAUAAAAAGAUUUUGAAAUUGUCUACUACUGCUUCCAAGAUACCUGUGAGCAUCCGUAACUUGGACACCAUUUUCAUCAACUUGAUUGUGGCCGAUUCCGGAUCCAGUACAAACUUGUAUAAACGCUUGGGUGAGUUCGUGCCACUGGAACCACUCAAAGAGUUGGUACCUUAUAAGCAGGCCGAAAGAAUUGGAAUCAAGCCUGAAAUCCACCAUAUUUUCAGGCAAGACCCCAGCACCGUUCUGGCAGUGAUCCCCAUUGCAUUUUCCGGGGCCGCCGUGGUGGUGCUCGUGGCAUUGUUGGGUAUGUGGGUCUCCCUGAUUGGACAGGACUUGUACGGAUUGGUGAAGAGUACCCCAGGUACUCAAAUCGUCAAUAAUGUGGUGUUUUUGAGCACCUUAUUGGGGUUCGAGGUGGUGUUUGUGCGGUACUACUUGGGCACCUCGAUUUUCACGACGUUGUUCCACAGCUUUGUGCUUGGAAUCCCUGCGCUCGUGCUGGGUUCGAGGGCUUUCAGAUUCUUGGGCUACUUAAGAAAAAUCGGAAAGGCCUAAAUGCCAGUGUAUAGAUUAGUAUAUACCGAUGUCGUUAAGUUUCAUUACUCUUGUCUUGUUUCUAGUCAUUUUCAAAAGUGUUGGUUAUCCAUCGGAAGUUCCAAAACCUUAAACGACCGGCGGCAUCGAUGAAACCUUUAUCCAUCGAGUUGGCCGCCACGAUCUUCCCCUUGAUGAGUGCCAUCGGCAACGACGAGUAUGACCGUGAGUCGAGCGAAUGGCAUAAGUUAUCACCAGUCACCCACACGUGACCGUCGGGGACUUUUAUGUACUUGUUGAAUCCAUCGUGGAGGAUCACCUCAUUUGGAGUAUUGGUAAGCGGCGACGACGAUGACGGGUCCACCAACACGAUGUCACCAGGCAUACCAGUGAUACGCUUACACACACGUUGGGUAGGUUCUGACGGCUUUGUGGCGACAAUACAAUCACCUAUAUCAAGAUUUCGUCCGUACCGGUAUCCUUUCAAUGCGUGGACGUAAUCGUGUUGAGCUUGAAGAGUAGGAAGCAUCGACUCUCCGCGUGUCUCGGUGAACUCGUAGACGUAUUCAUGGAGGAAGUGGGCGACACAGCCAGCUCGUAGGGUCCACGAGAGGGUGGUGGCCACAAACCGAACUUUUUGCAUCGGUGGGAGUGAGAUUAAGACGU